UGACAUCACAUCCUCCGAACGCGAAAUCUGGCUCCUCGGCCGGCCGGCGAAGGGCGCAACUUCCCCCCUCGGGGUCCCACCAGCUCCUGCGCGCGUCCGCUCGUGUCACUCAGCGCCGAGUGCGCCAUGGCCUCUCCGGUGACUGCCCAGCUCCUGCCGCUGGCCUUGCUGCUUCAUGCCGCCGCAGCCGCCGGGCCGAGCCCGUUCCGCUUAUCGCCCAGGAAGGUGGAGGGCAGCCUCGGCCAGCGGGUGGAGCUGCAGUGCGAGGUGCUGCUGUCCAGCGCGGCGCCGGGCUGCACCUGGCUCUUCCAGAAGAACGAACCUGCCGCCCGCCCCAUCUUCCUGGCGUACCUCUCCAGAAGCCGGACCAAGUUGGCCGAGGGGCUGGACCCCAAACAGAUCUCGGGCCAGAGGAUUCAGGACACCCUCUACAGUCUCACCCUGCACAGAUUCCGCAAGGAGGAAGAAGGCUACUAUUUCUGCUCGGUCGUGAGCAACUCCGUUCUGUACUUCAGCGCCUUCGUCCCGGUCUUCCUGCCAGGUCCGAGCGCCCAGGGCGCGGCACCUCUCGUCAAGCCCACCACUACGCCCGCGCCGCGACCGCCCACUCAGGCGCCCAUCACCACGUCGCAGCGGGUGUCUCUGCGCCCGGGGACCUGCCAGCCUUCAGCGGGCAGCACAGUGGAAGCAAGUGGGCUGGACUUGUCCUGUGACAUCUACAUCUGGGCACCCCUGGCUGGGACCUGCGCCUUCCUUCUCCUGUCGCUGGUCAUCACCGUCAUCUGCAACCACAGGAACCGAAGACGUGUUUGCAAAUGUCCGAGGCCCGUGGUCAGAGCAGGAGGCAAGCCUAGCCCUUCAGAGAGAUACGUCUAACAUGGAGAUGGGCCCCAUGCACCAGCCACUACAAGACCAAAUAAAACUCUCUUUAUGAGGACAGUAA